UAAUACUAUAUUCUUUACAUGCCGGCGGUGGCUAGUUUCACCCACUAUUCCCAUUUAUAUACAGACAUCGCACAAUGCUCUUCUUCCCUAUUCAAACUCGUAGCCCUUUGCUGCCACAAAUCUACACACCUCAUAAUGGAAAACCACGAUCCUCAAAAUCCGUUAGCAUCUUUCACUUGGGACGACGGAGCUUAUUCGACAAUCAGACGGAUCGUAGUUUACGAGAAAGAGUGGAUCUGUUCGAUUCAGAUUGAAUAUGAUGGGAAUGGAGAAUCAAUUAUGUCGGAAACACAUGGUGAAAACGAAGGUUCUAUGUCGGAGGUGGUCUUCGAGUAUCCAGACGAGUUCUUAGUUUCUAUUUCUGGAUACUAUGGUUCUAUACGUAAUUGGGGAGUCGAUCGCAUCGUCAUUCGAUCAUUGACUUUCGAAAGCAACGGUAGAUAUUAUGGACCCUUUGGAAUUCAAGAAGGGAAAUAUUUUAAAUCUCCAGGUACUGAGGGGAAGAUUAUUGGGUUCCAUGGCAUAUCUGAUCCCUACCUCAAUGCAAUUGGAGUUCAUGUACAAACAGUUCAAAAAUUGGGGAUCCAGCCUGAGCCGCCGAAGCCCUUAAACAUGGGACAAUAUGGAGGCAAAGGAGGAAAUCCUUGGAAAGAAACUUUUGAAACAAUCAAACGGGUGAGGAUUUAUCAUGGCCUUUGGAUUGACUCCUUUCAAAUACAAUAUGAGGAAGUCGAUGAAAUGGGAACGUUAGUAUGGACCGAAAUUUAUGGUGGUGAGGGAGGUUUUCUAGCAACGGUUGAUCUGGAAUUCGAUGAGUAUUUUAUUUCGGUUGAAGGCUACUACAGUGACCUACAAAAGUGGGGAAUGGAUGCGACUGUGAUUCGAUCCUUGACACUGAAAACCAAUCAAAAUACUUACGGGCCAUUUGGGAUUGAAGAUGGAACCAAAUUUUCAUUUCCAUUUAAAGGGCUAAAGCUAGUUGGCUUUCAUGGAAGAUCUGGCGUGUAUCUGGAUGCAAUUGGGCUCUACUUACGACCAACUCCAAUAAAUGGGACUGAGAAAUUUAGCUUAGGAGAAUGUGGAGGCGAAGGUGGAGAUCCUUGGGAUGAGAAUUUUACGACAAUCAGGAAAUUGGUGAUUAAUCAUGGACAGUGGAUCGACUCCAUUCAAAUGGAAUAUGAAGAUGAGAAUGGAGAGGUAGUCUUGUCUGAGAAGCAUGGUGGAAAUGGAGGUUCCGAAUCAGAGGUUGUUCUAAAUUUCCCAGAUGAGCAUAUUGUUACAAUUCGUGGCUACUAUGAUAAUCUACGAGACUGGGGACUUGAUACCAUUGUGAUUCAAUCGUUGACUGUGGAAACGAACACAACAAGUUAUGGGCCAUUUGGGGUAGAAAAUGGAACAAAGUUUUCAUUCCCAAGUGAUGGAGUGAAGGUCGUUGGCAUCCAUGGCAGAUCUGGUUUGUAUCUCGAUGCCAUUGGACUGAUGGCAGUUCCAGUUGAAGACUAUUCCCAAAUGGAUCUCAUUGUUGCUACCCAAGUCACCGCCACUCCAUCUCAUGGAUUGUCUCCAUUCCUUGGUUGCGACUUGUUCAUUGAUAUGCAAAUGGAGCCACCAGCGUGGAAUAUGUGUUGCACGAGGGAGAAAUUAUUUCCAAAGUUUAAGAUAUGGAACACACCUCACCCUUAUUUAAUUCACUCUUUGGAAAUUCCAUUUCUUCGUCAAGAAAGGUAUCGAACCCACCAAAUAGAAACGUCAACAUUUCACCUAUGUGUUUCUAAAGAUUGUCCCAACCAAAACCAUCUUUUUUUAUUCUUCUACCAAUCUUCAAUUUUGCAGUUCAUCGCUACUCUCCAGACCAUGCUCGACGACGAAGAAGUUUACCCGCAGACGACGGUGAAGAUUGAGGUGUUUGGAGCCAAAGACGGUGGUCAACCUUGGGACGAUGGACCUUAUUCCACCAUCAGACGGCUUCUAGUUUGUCACAACCACUGUAUCUGUUCCCUUCAAAUCGAGUAUGAUAACAAUGGCCAUUUAAUUUCUCCUUCAAAACAUGGCGGAAACGAGGGUUCCUCUUCUAAGGUUGUUCUCGAUUACCCAAACGAGUACCUAAUUUCAAUUUAUGGUUACUACGGCUACAUAGGUAAGUGGGGAAUUGCAGCCAAUGUGAUUCGUUCCUUAACUUUCCAAACCAAUAGAAAAACUUAUGGCCCAUUUGGGAUGGAAGAGGGAGCCAAAUUUUCAUUCCCGAUUAUGGGGGCUAAGAUUGUUGGCUUCCAUGGAAGAUCUGGCUGGCUCCUCGAUGCAAUUGGCCUUUAUAUACAGCCAAUUCCAAAAGUCGAACUCAAGAACUUCAGCUUGGGGCCUUUUGGAGGCAAAGGUGGGCAUCCAUGGGAGUAUGUCUUUCGGUCAAUCAGACGAUUUGUAGUUGAUCAUGAACAGUGGAUUCACACCAUUCAAUUUGAAUAUGAGGAUAGGAAUGGAAAGUUAUUAUGGUCAAAGAAGCAUGGUGACACUAAUGGAAAAUCCAAAUCAGAGGUGUUGCUAGAAUUCCCAGAUGAGUAUUUUGUUUCUAUUCAUGGCUACUACAGCCACAUACGUUUUUUGGAAGAUUCUGCCACUGUGAUUCGAUCACUGACAUUCAAAACUAAUAGAAGAACAUGUGGGCCUUUUGGAAUUGAAGAUGGAAUCAGAUUUUCGUGCCCAGUUAUGGGGAGAGAUAUCGUUGGUGUUUAUGGCAGAUCUGGUUUGUGCCUUGAUGCGAUUGGACUCCACUUAGGAACAACUCUAAACAUGAAGGCUGAGCCGGAGCCUGUGGCUCCACCAGCACCCCAAAUCCAAAUGGAGCAAUCUAAACUGAGACAAUAUGGAGGGGAAGGUGGAGAGGGUUGGGAAGAUAUGUUUCAGACAAUAAGACGGUUUGUAGUUCGUCAUGGAGUAUGGAUAGACUCCAUUCAAAUUCAAUAUGAAGAUAAUAAUGGAAACUUAGUGUGGUCUAACCAGCAUGGUGGAGAUGGAGGAUCCAGAUCAGAGGUUGUUUUAGAAUUUCCAGAUGAGUAUCUUGUAUCGAUUCAUGGCUACUACAGUGAUCUUGAACGAUGGGGACUUGCAACAAAUGUGAUUUGCUCCUUAACUUUGGAAACUAAUAAGAAGAGUUAUGGGCCAUUUGGAGUUGAAGAUGGUUUCAAAUUUUCAUUUCCAACUGUUGGGUUGAAGGUGGUUGGCAUUUACGGUAGAUCUGGUUUGUUUCUUGAUGCCAUUGGAAUUCACGUUGUGUCGAUUCAAGAGUAGGUCGUAAAUCUUCAGCCACAUUGUGCCAAAGGAGCCUCCUCGAAUAAUUUGAUAUUCUCCACCUAGUUUAUAAAUUCUUGUGACUUUACUUUUGAAACCAUCCACUCUCGAUCACCUGCAAGAGCUUGCUCUAUCAAGGCUCAGAGCAAAGCCAGAUAAACUUUAGAACAUCGUAGGAUUUACUUGGGGCCAACCAAUUGUCGUGCCCUUCAUCUUCUCUCAAAUGAAGAUAUACUCCUAUUAGUCUACUUAACUCAAUAGAUCUACUCUUCAUCUAAA